GAUAUCAAAAUCAAGAUGCGCUUGGUAUUAUUGGUUGCGUUAUUAGUGGUGCUGGCUGCACUUUCACCGACAUGUUGCACAUGCCAUAAAAAUCCACGGCCUUGCAAAACGGAGGCACCGCCUUGUAAGACUGAGCGACCCCCUUGCAGAACUGAGCCACCCCCUUGCAGAACUGAGCCACCCACUUGCAGAACUGAGCCACCCACUUGCAGAACUGAGCCACCCACUUGCAAAACUGAGCCACCCACUUGCAGAACUGAGCCACCCACUUGCAGAACUGAGCAACCCACUCGCAGAACCAACGCACCAACUCGCAGAACCAACGCACCAACUCGCAGAACCAACGCACCCACUCGCAGAACCAACGCACCAACUCGCAGAACCAACGCACCCACUCGCAGAACCAACGCACCAACUCGCAGAACCAACGCACCCACUCGCAGAACUCAGCCAUCUAAGGCUCCCUGUGAAAAGUCCACUAAGCGACCUCACGGUGGAAGAACCACCAAGCGUCAUUCGUCUGGCAACCGAACCACCAAACGAUCGCGAGCCACCAAAAAGAUAGUUCGUCAUCAUCAUGCGCCAACGAAAUCAGGGUCGAAAUGUGGGUGUAUUUUGAAGCACCUGCUAACACCAAAGUGCCCCAACUCCAAACCGAAGCCCCAAGUCCCGUGCAAGUCCGCACCGAAGUGUAAACCCGAACCAAGACCUAAAAACCCAAAAUCACCAAAAUCACCUAAAAAGCCAAGGAAUCCAAAGCCAUGUGAAUCCUCCAAGAAAAACGGAAAAGGGCAGAGGAAACCAUGUGCCACCACCAAGAAAUCGCGGAAGUCACAGCCAGGAAAGAAAUGUUGCUAA